AUGGCGGCACCAUCUGUGCACUCCAAUUUCUUCUCCUCUCUGAGACAGGUUGAGAAAAGAUUGAAGCUUGAAAACCCAACAACAUUGGAAACUAACUACACAGAAUCCCUAAGCACACCUAUAUAUCUCCACACAGACCAAGAACCCAUUAACAACAUCUUAGUCUCUUUUAAUGAAGAAAGCAAAUUUCUCUCACUUUCUUUACAAUCAUCUCCAAAAACCUCCCACUAUGACCGCAAUACCAUCAAAGAAUCCAAAACCGAUGACAUUGAUGAUAUUCAACAAUUAAUUCGGCUUUUGGGUUUAUCAGAUAUUAGAGAAAGAAACCAAAUACAACAAGAAGACAAUGAGAGGGUUUGUGUUGGUGGUGGUGAGUGUUGUGGAUGUGAAGGUGGGUUUUUCGAAAAGAUUGUUGGAGUUAAAGGGCCUAAGUGUGAAAAGGAAGUGGAGAGAUUGGAGGGGUGGAUUAGGUACUUUUUAGGGGAUGGGGAUGGGGAUGGUGAUGGUGGAGAGGAGACGAGGGAGCCUUUGAGGCUGGCUUUUUUGCUUCUGGGUAAGGCUGCUAUUGAGCUAGAGGGUGCUGAUGGUGGUGGCGGCUUGGAUUUCCCUUCAACUGUAGAAGAGUUUUUGAAGCUUGAUCCACCAGGAGAAUAA